UGAAGCCAUCCGCAAAGACCCGAGGCAAAAAGGCCCGCGAGGCUGUGCAGGCAGCGCAAUGGCCUCAGAGGCACCGUCUGGAUUGUCUUUUCCUUGGAGAAGAGUGGGAAGAGGUGCAGGGCGGACACCUCAGGCUCUCUUGACCUUUGAGGAGGUGGCUGUGUAUUUCUCCGAGGAGGAGUGGGCUCUGCUGGAUCCUGAGCAGAGAGCUCUGCAUAGGGAAGUCAUGGAGGAGAAUUACCAGACGGUGGCCUCUCUAGGGUCGUACCUCUCUUCCUGUUGUGAAGAAGGAGAAGAUCCAGUGAUCCAGGAUCCCAAAGAAGUGGAGACAUCAGCAGCAGAUAAUUGGCAGAAGAAUGAGAAUUAUACGGAACCACAAAAGAUGUUGUUAUUGGUAAUAGGAGAGUGUGAAUCACAAAAAGAGGUGUUUAGAUAUCAUGGGGAACCAAGAAAGUCUGAAACAAACGAAUCAAAGAAUGGGAGGAAGAAAUCAUCUACUUCUCAGCUUUUGCUUCGAAGAACCCACACAGGGGAGAAACCAUUUGAAUGUAUGGAGUGUGGAAAGAGCUUCAGCCGUAGAGGUCAACUUACUGUACAUCAAAGAACCCACACAGGGGAGAAACCAUUUAAAUGCAUGGAGUGUGGAAAGAGCUUCAUUUACAGUAGUGAGCUUUCUGUACAUCAACGAACCCACACAAGGGAGAAACCACUUAAGUGCAUGGAGUGUGGAAAGAGCUUCAGCUGCACCCGUAACCUUACUAGACAUCACAGAAGGCACACAGAGAAGAAACCAUUUGAAUUCAUGGAGUGUGGAAAGAGCUUCAGUGUGAGCAGUAAUCUCACUGAACAUCACAGAACGCACACAGGGGAGAAACCAUUUGAAUGUAUGGAGUGUGGGAAGAGCUUCAGCAUGCGUGGUAACCUUACUGUACAUCAAAGAACCCACACAGGGGAUAAACCAUUUGAAUGUAUGGAGUGUGGAAAGAGCUUCAGCCAGAGAGGUCAUCUUACUGUACAUCAAAGAACCCACACAAGGGAGAAACCAUUUGAAUGUAUGGAGUGUGGAAAGAGCUUCAGUGAGGGAGGGAAACUUACUAUACAUCAAAGAACCCACACAGGGGAGAAACCAUUUAAAUGCAUGGUGUGUGGAAAGAGCUUCAGCUGCAGCAGUAGCCUUAUUAACCAUCACAGAAGGCACACAGGGGAGAAACCAUUUGAAUGUAUGGAGUGUGGAAAGAGCUUCAGCCGUAGAGGUCAUCUUACUGUACAUCAAAGAACCCACACAAGGGAGAAACCAUUUGAAUGUAUGGAGUGUGGAAAGAGCUUCAACGAGAGAGGGAAACUUACUAUACAUCAACGAACCCACACAGGGGAGAAACCAUUUAAGUGCAUGGAGUGUGGAAAGAGUUUCACCUGCACCCGUAACCUUACUACACAUCACAGAAGGCACACAGAGAAGAAACCAUUUGAAUGCAUGGAGUGUGGAAAGAGCUUCAGUGUGAGCAGUAAGCUUACUGAACAUCACAGAACACACACAGGGGAGAAACCAUUUGAAUGUAUGGAGUGUGGGAAGAGCUUCAGCAUGAGUAGUAGCCUUACUGUACAUCAAAGAACCCACACAGGGUUGAAACCAUUUGAAUGUAUGGAGUGUGGGAAGAGCUUCCGCCGUAGAGGUCAUCUUACUGUACAUCAAAGAACCCACACAAGGGAGAAACCAUUUGAAUGUACGGAGUGUGGAAAGAGCUUCUGCGAGAGAGGGAAACUUACUAUACAUCAAAGAACCCACACAGGGGAGAAACCAUUUAAAUGCGUAGUGUGUGGAAAGAGCUUCAGCUGCAGCAGUAGCCUUAUUAACCAUCACAGAAGGCACACAGGAGAGAAACCAUUUAAAUGCAUGGAGUGUGGAAAGAGAUUCACUGUGCACAGUAACCUUACUGAACAUCACAGAACGCACACGGGAGAAAUCAUUUAAAUGCAUGGUGCGUGGAAAGAACUUCAGCUAGAGCAGUAUACUUACCUUGUGAGAACAGAAACAGGGCUUUACUCUAUACUCUAUACAAUCCUCUGUUCCCGCUGCACUUGCCACCUACUGGCUGAGGCUGGUGUGUAGGAGUGCCUCCUGUCUCCCAAAGAAAUGCCUUUUAGAACAAUUACAGGCCCCAUCCCUUGGUUGCUGGAUAAAUUUAGUUAUACCUAUUCUGGCUGCUUAUGGGAUUAACAUGGAAAUUCUACCUUCUCACCCCUCUCCUAAUGCGAAACAGCUCCUCAAAGAAAGAAUCUUUUUCUACUCUAAAAGAUGGGACCUCCACGCAGCUACCCAAUCAUCUUUCUCUACCUGGUUCUCCCUGUAUAAAACUACCUUCGGCCUGGAGAAAUACUUUUCUUUCCUUACAGUUCCAUCUUUGAGAAAAUCUUUUACCGCCUUACGUUUGCAGUCCAUGCCCUCGACUUUCAGGGAGGGGAGGUAUGCAAAUGUUCCAGUCCAUCAAAGGCUCUGUAUCUGCCAAAACGAUGUGGUUGAAGAUAUUGUUCAUUAUUUACUAGGCUGUCCCUUAUAUAAAUCUCGAAGGCGGAAACUUUUCUCGGCUAUUCCCCACCUCCUGUGAAAUAGACCCCCCUUGGAACAAAUAUGCAGUUUACUUGUGGGCAAUGACAUAUUUGUAACCACUCAAGUGGCAAAAUUUGCCCUAGCGGCAGGGAAAAUGAGAACUAGAUAUCAAAAACAUUUAGUAGAAGCCCCAAUUUUAUCCUCAUUUUAGCACUUUUUGUUUGGUCUGAUAAUUUUAAUUGAAAUGAUUUUAUAUAAUCUUCUAUUUGCUCUUUUCCCUUGAAUUUUUGUAAUUUUUAACCUCGAAAUGCUUAUAUAUAUUCUCUGUUUCAACUGUCCUCUCUUGAAAUUCUUGUAUUAAUAUUUCAUUGUGACGGCCAAUGGCUAUGAACAAUAAAAGGAAACAUACAUACUGUACAUCAACGAACACACACAGGGGAGAAACCAUUUAUGUGCAUGGAAUGUGGAAAGAGCUUCAGUGUGAGGGGUACCCUUACUAAACUUACUAUACAUCAAAGAACCCACAUGAGGAGAAACCAUUUAAUUGCAUAGCUUGUGGAAAGAGCUUCAGUGUAUGCAGUAAGGUUACCCUACAUGAACGAACACACACAUCGGGGAAACCAUUUAAGUGCAUGGAAUGUGGAAAGUGUCAUGAAUCGAUCCCGGUUCAGUCCCAGGACUCAACUGCCAAACCUAGGGCAAUUGAUCCUGAGAAGGCACAAACAUCAGCCCUACGAGGUAGGUAGACUGCCACCACCCCUUAACCUGGUCACCCACUCUGGGCCAAGGGGAAAUCCAAAGUGCCAGGAAUGCACCUGCCAAGGAUUCCAAUCAACAAGAGCCCAAGGUGCACUCCUUGUCUUGGAGCCUUAGGCAAAAUGUCUAGGCAAAAUUAGUUUGCGACUAAUUGGGCAAGGUGCUGGAUCUAAAGCCAAAUCUCCCCUACGGUGAACACACACUGGUAAAUAAGAGAUAACUUUAUUAAAUAAAAUAUAAGUGCACAAAAGUAGCAGCAAAAAAAGUUCCUUAAAACCCACACACCCGAGGGCUACGUAAAAGAGAGAGCUACAUUCACAAAACAAAAUAAAACUGUCUGGCCUAGUCUAUACUUACAAAGAGGUAAACAGCAAAAUAACUUCAUGGUUCCACUUCUCCCCAGAGAUGGAUAACCUGCAUAGCAGAUGAAAGAUGGUACCCCACAGAGGUAGCAUCAGCAACCAAAAAGGGAACAGUGGUGAACAAAGGCUAAGGUCUGGAUCCUGUUCUUUUGUGGAAAUGCCCAGCAACAGCCAAGAUUUAAUUAGCCAAUCGGGGCUUUUUGAUGAUGAAAUCUGGAGCUUUUGUGCCUCAUGAUCACGCACUCAUCAGCCUUCCCAGGCCCGUGGCCUUGGAGUGGAUAAAUGUGGAGAUGAGCUGUGUAAAUAUUAUAAGCGGCCCGAAGGUGGUGCGGAGAGAUAAAGGCCAUAAUCAAAUAUGAGGCACGUCACUUUCCUUGGCUCUUCCCUUCAUGCUCAGUUUGCUUCUGGAUGCCUGACCUAAACAGGGCCUUAACCUUUGGUCUGUAAGUCUCUUACAGACCCCUCCCCACUUUCUUCCAGACUGACCUCCAUGCCAGGGGGUGGGGGGGUCUCGCCUCCUUUGCUACCUCCAAUCAACCCAGCCACCUCGGUCCCCCUCCCAUCUCAUCUCCAGCUUCCGCAAAGCCUCUCCUUCCUGCCCACCAGAGUCUCUCCUGCAACUUGUCACCCAUUUCAGGCUGUGUUACUGGGCUCCCUUCAUCAUGUCUCAGGCUGGAGGGAGUUUCCAGCCAGGGGAGGAGGGCCUCUAUCCUGCCAGAGUUCCUGUGACAACACAUUGCUCCCUGCCAAAUCUUUA